AGAGCGUUAAUAACAUAAAGUGCUGUAAACAAAAACAAACCGUUGCCGACAAAUAGACAUAAUUUAAUAAUUUGUUUAUUUAAACUAAAUUAUUAAGAAAAAUGAUGAUCGCCUUGCGUUGCAGCUCAAGGCUGUGUAACGCGCGAAGCAUUCAAAGUACAAGCAGCUGCUAUCAAAGCACCAAGGCUAAACGGGCCGCCCAAGCAGAGCGUGUUGCACGUUAUAGCGCUGAAUUUCCCGACAAGUUACUGCACAAAAAGCAAAAACUUGCCACACAUAUGUAUGUGGCAAACACCCAAAUAGCAGAUGAAAUCAACGCACAUCUGCAGCCUCACCUGCAGCACACCAAAUGUGACACAGUGCUGGAAAUCAAUCCUGGCCCAGGACAUUUUACGCGCCAUUUAUUGGAUCGCGAGUCGCAAUUUCGCCGGCUCAUAUUGAUUGAGCAAAUGGAGCAUUUUAUGCCGCGAUUGCAAGAGCUGCACGCCUUGUAUCCCGAUCGAGUGAAGGUGCGACAAGGCGACUUCAUCGGCAUCUGGAAGCUGGCCUUCAUGGACAAAAUGGACAGCGGCACCAGAUUAAGUGAGCUGCUCAGCGAUGUCCCACAGCGUGCAUUUAAUGAAGAUGUCAACAUGCUAGUCUUUGGCGCUGUGGGUUCCUAUCCGUUCUUUAAGCAUCUUAUCAACUCGCUAAUCUUUCAGACGAGCAUCUUUAACCUGGGACGCUGUGAAAUGAUUCUAGCCCUGCCGCCGCCAAUAUUCACUCAUUUGAGCUGCUCGAAUGAGAUUGGUUAUUUGAUCUACCGAUCCGCCUCGGUGCUCUUUCAAAUACUCUUUGAGCACCAGUUUAUUGCGCUGGUGCCGCGCGAGAGUUUUUUGCCGGCUCAAGCCGAUCACAAUGUGAGCAAGGGCAGCAAAUUGGGCAAGGUUAAAUCGAUCAAUCCGGAAUAUUUGUAUUUGGUCAAAUUUGUGCCGCGUCGCAAUCUGCAUGAGAUUUGCCCGAUUCAGGAUUUGCCCGCUUUGUGGUUCUUUAUCAAGCAGAACUUUGUGAGCCGACGCAAUCGCAUAAUACCCAAUUUGGAAAAAUGGGUGCCUGGCUGUGGUCCUCGUCUUAUCAUCAAUCAAAGUGCCUCUGAGCUUGUCUCACCGCUUUAUGCCAAUGAAUCCGUUGAGCAAUUACCGCCAUACACCACAAGGAGCACCACAAUGCAAUCGCGGGAUUACUAUCCAGGCAUUAAUAUAUACACACAAUUUGGGGAUCUCUCGCCUAGUCAGGUAUUGACGCUAUUCAGGGAGUUCCGUCAGUGGUCGGAAUAUGGCGAGAGUUCGUUUCUGGCCUCGCUGGAGAAUACGCUGCUCAAGCUGGAAACGGCGAACGACGAGCAGAGCUUGGAUGACAGUGUCAAUCUCGUCGAGGACGAUGACAUAAGCAGCGAAAGCGUCGAUGAGCUACUCAUCGAGGCCGCAGAUGAGCUGCAGGCAAAGCCCACCAAGAGUCGCCGGAAAACCAAGCCAAACGUUUAA